AUGCUUUCCAAGUUUGGGAUAGUCGUACUUGUGAUUAUAUCUUUUCAAAGUAUUAUCUAUAUGGGGAUAUACAUGUACUCAACGUUGCACGUUCCACUGAUUAAAGCUGAUAGUACUGCUGCUCGUAAUAAAAAGAGAAGCUCUGGAUAUAUAAGGAGUGGAUUCAAUGAUUCAGAUACAAAGUUCUUGACGAUUUUUACAACAUUUUCAGAAAGGGAAUUACCACGUUUCCGAAUUCAGAAUAACACACUUUGUAACUAUGAGAAGUUUCCAAAGCAUUUGACCGAGCGAGCUAUAUUUUCAAGCGAUGGCUUCCAUUUACGAAGAGAUGGAAAAUGUUGGUUGGAAACAGUUUCAAAUAAUAAUGACUCGGACUGGAACAUUAUCAAUCUGGAACCCCAUAUGACUGCAGCUGGUAGACCCGUCCUGAGAGAAAUGUUCAUUGAGACUCAAAAAAGAUUCAACACAGAUCUCUACAUGUACUCCAACGGUGAUAUAUUAUUUCAUGUUGAAAAACUGAUCACUUCCCUUGAAGAAGUCAAAAGGUUCACGAAAGCUCACAACAUCAGGAGGUUUAUAGUGUUUGGGGCAAGACACGAGGCAAAUUUCUAUUCAAGUCAUGGGACUGUUGAAAUAAUAUCCGGACUGGAUGAAGAAAUUAUUCAACGUGGCCAAAGUACCAAACUCGGUCAAUCAAAUGCACAGGAUUAUUUCAUCACAAGUAAAACCAGUUUCCCAUGGGAUGCUGUACCUGAUUACGUUAUCAGCCUUCCUGCCUUUGACAACUGGUUACUUAUGUUCAGUAACAAAGCAGACAUUGCAACAUUUGACAUCACUGCCACUAACCUUGCAGUUCACCAAGCAGGAGCUCCAAAAUUCAUAGACAGUAAUUACCAGAAGUCUAUGUCAAGUAAUAGGAAAUUAUGGGAUUCAUCAAUUAUAUCAUAUGUUGGUAGCUAUUUAAAUUGUUGCAAGUGGAAAACUGUGUAUAAGGAAGGUAAAGUUAUAAUGGUAAAAAAUCCAGCAUUCAAUAACAAAUGUAUUGCAAAAUUAAAGAUCCCCGUUGAAAACCUUUUGGACGAGAAGAUUUUUGAGGGUUAACAAUUAGUUUUCAUCACUUCACUCUCAAAAAUAAAAAAUUGGAUUCAAAUGAUUUAUGAAGAUAAUUCCUUUACAUGAAGGAAUGUUAAAGAAUUGGUAUCUGAAUUGGCGAACUGAAUAGACUGUAGAUGCGAGUAAAAAUAAUCUUGAUUUAUGUCAAAUAUUCAAAAUUCA